AGGAAUUAAAAAAAAAAAAAAGCUUAACUUACCUAACUUAUUUACUCUUCUGUCUGUUUUUAGCAAAAACACAUGAAUGGCUGAUGGAAAAUUAUAACCAAACAUCAACUGAUUUCACCUUAUUAGGGUUGUUUCCGCCAUCGAGGAUUGGCCUGUUCCUCUUCAUUCUCACCAUUCUCAUUUUCUUAAUGGCUUUGAUUGGCAACUUGUCCAUGACUCUCCUCAUUCUCCUGGACACCCGUCUCCACACACCCAUGUAUUUCCUACUUAGUCAGCUCUCCUUCAUGGACCUGAAUUACAUCUCUACCAUAGUCCCCAAGAUGGCUUCCAACUACCUGUUUGGAAUCAAGUCUAUCUCCUUCAUUGGAUGUGGAGUCCAGAGUUUCUUCUUUUUGACUUUGGCAGGUGCAGAACCACUUCUCUCGGCAUCCAUGGCCUAUGACCGUUAUGUGGCCAUUUGUUUUCCUCUUCAUUAUGCUAUCCAUAUGAGCAAAAGGGUGUGUGUGCUAAUGAUUACAGGAUCUUGGGUAGUGGGUUCUAUUAACUCCUGUGCCCAUACUGCAUAUUUGCUCCGUAUCCCCUAUUGCCGAUCUAGGGCCAUCAAUCAUUUCUUCUGUGAUGUCCCUGCAAUGGUGACUCUGGCUUGCAUGGACACUUGGGUCUAUGAGUACACAGUGUUUGUGAGCACCAUCUCUUUCCUAUUUUUUCCUUUCAUUGGCAUUACUUAUUCCUAUGGCCGGGUUCUCUUUGCUGUCUAUCACAUGCCCUCAUCAGAAGGGAAGAAGAAGGCCUAUUCAACAUGCAGUACGCACCUCACCGUGGUGACUUUGUACUGUGCACCUUUUGCUUACACCUAUCUCCACCCAAGGUCACUCCAAUCUCCCACAGAAGACAAGGUUCUGGCUGUUUUCUACACCAUCAUCACCCCUAUGCUCAACCCAGUCAUCUAUAGCCUGAGGAACAAGGAGGUGAUGGGAGCCCUGAGGAGAAAUAUCCAGAGAAUCUUCUUUGUGAAAGUGUAGACAAGAAUUUCUGCAUCAGUGCCCAAGCUACAGGUGUAAAUCUGUUCAGGGGUUCACAGUUACUAUGAAAUUAUUAUUCGAGACCUAAAGACAAGGAAUACACUUAGUGGAUUAAAAAACUGACAUUUGACCAAAAAAACAAAUGUGUAUAUAUAUAUAUAUCCCCAAGCCACAAUUUUUACAUUCUUUGUGGUGAUGAUUUUCCUAUCAGAGUAAAAGAAAUAUGUUUUCCAAUAAUUUCUAAAGAGUAAGA